UUGCCAUUUCCCCUAUAAAAGAAAACAUUUCCCCCCGUAUGUUAGAAUUUAGUGUAGCAGUUAAAAUGAGCGCUGGUUUGAGGUUUAGAGAGACUGGGCUGUAAGUAGGUCGGGCUGGGUUUAAGCGGCUUUAGCCUGCGUCAGCCUAAGCUGGGAGGAAUUCACCCAAAGCCCUCCGCGGUAGGCGGGGGCCUAAACGAGGCUGGCCUAGUUAAGCCUGAUUCUUAUUGUGUGUGUGUUGUGUAACACAGAGCACAGAAGACCUUCAAUGAGAGAGAGAGUGUACAUGCGUUAGAGUGAGAAUGUUUUCUAGAGGAGAGAAAUAAGAGAUAGAAACAAGGAGGAGAGGAGAGAGUGAGUGAGAGUUAAACCAGUAUUAGCCUGAGCCUUGUCACAGCACGCUGGCAGAAGGAACAGAAAGAAAAGGAAGGAAGGGAAACAGACCAAAGAUAGAGGAAGAAAUUACCAAAUCGAAAAAAGGAGAGAAGGGGAAAAGCAAGGGAUUGAGCCAAGACUUUAUCUUAUAUAGCCAAGCAGUUAUCUAGGCCCGGCCUGGUCUAGUUUUUUGGUCCCGGGCUAUGUUCUAAGAUGGCGUCUGGGUCUGUCUACAUGUCGUCCAGUAUGGUGGGCAAAGCUCGCUCCUCAAACUUCACCCUGUCUGAGAAGCUGGACCUCCUGAAGCUGGUCCGCCCACACAUCCGAAUCCUGGAGGAGCACACGAACAAACACGCCGUCAUCGUGGACAAGAACAAAUGCUGGGACACCGUGUCUGAGCAGUACAACCUGCUGGGUGGGGACCGGCCCCCCCGCACCGCCCAGGGUCUGCGCACCCUCUACAAGAGGCUGAAGGAGUCCGCCAAACAGGAAGUGAUGCAACGGAGACACGCCCAGCCGGAGUACAGAGGCAGUAUAUCUGAGCCCACCAGGAGAGUGAUGGAGAUGAUUCCUCACCUGUUCCACCAUGGACCCAUCCACCACGACAAAGACCCUGCGGCCAUGCACAGGUUGAUGUAUAGACAUGACUCUCCCAUUGAGCAGCCUGGCAGCAGCUCCUCUCUCCCCGGCCUCCCAGACUACCCAUCAAACCCCAUCCCCCUCCGUCUGGACCAGGAUGUGGUCAGACUGGACCAGGAAGUGGAUGUGAAGCCUCCGCCUGACCUUACCAUCCUCUCAACACGUGUGGGGGCGGGGCUGGAAGCAGAAGGAGUGGAGGAGGCAGAGGAGGAGCUGGGCAGUGUCCAUGGUUACGAUGGCUCCCUCUCUCCCUGCCCGUCCUCAGUCGCCCUGCCUCUCUCUCCCUCACCUGUUCCCCUACAUCGUGACCUUUACCCAAAUGACAUCUACCCCCACCGUGACCCUGACAGGCACCGCCCCCUUCAGCUGGCCAAGGAAGAGCAUGAGCAAGUCAUGGCCAAUCACCGGAAGAUGGGGGUAUACCUGGAGGAGAAAAGGGAGGGGCUAAAGAGGAAGCAGGAACUGGAAGAGGAGCUUUUGAGAGCGAAGAUCAAAGUAGAGAAAUUGAGGGCAGCCAGGCUGAGACAUGGACUACCACUGCCUCUAUAACACACACACCCAUGGCAUAUUUAACUCAGGAGGAUGCUCUGAAUUGUUUGGAUUUGCGUGUGAAACAAUGUUUUGUACACUGAAGAGGAAAAUCGUUUGUGUGAAAAAGAAUUCGGGUGUGAUUGCCUGCUGAUGUGAGGACGUGUGUGUCUGUUUGUGUGUGUGUCUGGACUGUAUGGUCGAGCCAUGAAAACGGCACAGGUCUUGACUUUUAUCAGAUGGAAGAGGUGCUACCAUCACUGGUUUUAAAACUGGCAAUUACAUUUUGGAUGGGUUUCCUUUGGUUCUAAAUUUCGUGUUGCUUUACCCAUUCAAUUGGGAGGUCAGAGAAAGGGGAGGAAAACUGUGGGGCAAAGGGGUUGAGGAGGGAGUGUUCCUGUUACAGUGGUGUGACUACGUUCAGUGUUUGUGGUUCAGAUCUUCUGUGGUUUCAUUAUUUGCUAUUAAAAGUUUGGUUUUGUUCCG